ACUGGGAAGGGAAGGGGGAGAGAAAAGUGGGGAGGACCCAGGUGGGGGGGGGCCUCUCCAGUCCCACCCAGUUUAGGGAAUGCCCCUGCCUUCUCCCCCACCCCCCUUCACCUGGCUCUUAAAGGGCCCAGCCCCUGACCGGCGGCUACUUAAGGCAGAGGGGCGGCGGCGGGCAGCAGCUGCGCUAAGACUGCUCUGGGAGGAGUGGACGGGACAAAAAAUCCUGACCAUGACCCCCUACGGGCUGCUGCGGCCCCUGCUGCUGCUAACCCUGCUGCUCGCUGCCCGCUCAGGAGCCGCCUUGGCACGGUGCCCAGGCUGCGGGCAGGGGGUGCAGGCGGGUUGUCCAGGGGCUUGCGUGGAGGAGGAGGAUGGGGGGCCGCCGACCGAGGGCUGCACGGAAGCUGGGGGCUGCCUCAGGAGGGAGGGACAGCAGUGCGGGGUCUACACCCCUAACUGCGUCCCAGGACUGCAGUGCCACCCGCCCGAGGAAGACGAGGCGCCUUUGCGGGCGCUGCUGCUGGGCCGCGGCCGCUGCCGCCGGGCGCGGGGGCCCCCGGGAGAGAAUCCUAAGGAGAGCAAACCCCAAGCAGGAACCACUCGUCCACAGGACACGAACCGCAGAGACCAACAGAGGAAUCCGGGGGCCGCUACCACUCUGGGCCGACCCAAUCCUGGGGGUGUCCAAGACACCGAGAUGGGCCCGUGCCGCAAACAUCUGGACUCAGUGCUACAGCAACUGCAGACCGAGGUGUAUCGGGGGGCUCAUACCCUCUACGUGCCUAAUUGUGACCAUCGGGGCUUCUACCGGAAGCGGCAGUGCCGCUCCUCCCAGGGGCAGCGCCGAGGUCCCUGCUGGUGUGUGGAUCGGAUGGGCCAGCCCCUGCCGGGGUCCCCGGAUGGCGAUGGAAGCUCUUCCUGCCCCACUGCGAGCAGUGGCUAAGCCUGGGGGAGUGUGGGGGGGCACUGCAGGGCUACUGGAAGGAGCCUGGGGCUGUCAUCUUGGGUCAUUUGUUGAGUGAUGAGUAACUCAGGAGCCCUGAGCCCCACACUCCACCUUCAGGCCCUACCCCACUGUCCCCCUCGCCCCCUGGGACCCCGCACAUGGAGAGAUUGUUAGUGUGGGCUUGGGGUGUGAAUAAAGCUGUGUUGGGGGUCUCUGA